AUGAAGCCGCCCGGCAGAACUUCUCUGCGGCAGCCCUGCGCCGGCCGCCGCUGCAGCCUCCUCGCCGCCGCCGCCUCCUCGUCUCGCCUGGUGCGGCUGCCCCUGCCCAGCUUCGUCCGCCUCUUCUGCUGGGCCCUCCUGCUCCUCUGCCCCGGCUGCCCGCAGAGCUGGGGGGUCAUCGCGGCCACCGCUCUGCAUUGGAAUGAAACUGCAGGAAAUGUAGAAGGAACACUGGCAGAUGAAGACACUGCAUUUCAACAGUCUAACAGUAGUAGCAGUAAAAAUAACAGUCACAACAGUGCAUUCCAGAAAGAAAUCAUAUUGCCUUCAAGACUUGUCUAUUAUCUUAACAGAGACUCUGAAAGCCCUUAUCAUAUACUGGAUACUAGAACAAGGUACCAGCAAAAACACAAUAAGGCUGUGCAUCUGGCUCAGGCAAGUUUCCAGAUUGAGGCCUUUGGCUCCAUGUUUAUUCUUGACCUCUCAUUGAAUAAUGAUUUAUUAUCCUCUGAUUAUGUGGAGAUUCAUUAUGAAGAUGGAAAACCACAAUAUUCAAAGGGUGGAGAGCACUGUUACUAUCAUGGGAAUAUCAGAGAUAUCAAAAACUCAAAAGCUGCACUUUCUACAUGUAAUGGACUCCAUGGCAUGUUUGAAGAUAAUACCUAUGUAUACUUAAUAGAACCUAUGGAGCUGACUCACAGCACAAGCAGCGUGGGUAGGCCACAUGUCAUCCAGAGAAUAUUAGCAACAAAUGCCUCCAAGCAAGUGGAAGACACUGAUACUGACUCUGCUUCUGAAUGGCCCUUCCUAUCGGAGUUGCAGUGGCUAAGAAGGAGAAGAAGGGCUGUGAGUGCAUCAGAACGCAUAUUUCAAGAAAUGAAAUACUUGGAGCUCAUGAUUGUUAAUGAUCACAAAAUGUUCAAAAAACAUCGGUUAUCCCAUGCUUAUGUAAACAACUUUGCGAAGUCUGUGGUAAAUCUUGUAGAUGCUAUUUUCAAGGAGCAACUGAAUACCAGGGUGGUUUUGGUUGCUGUUGAAACCUGGUCAGACAGGGAUCGUAUCACUAUUCGCCCCGACCCAAGGCAGAUGCUUCAUGAUUUCUCCCGAUAUCGGCAGCAGUACAUCAAGCAGCACGCCGAUGCUGUUCAACUUCUCUCGAAUGUGACAUUUCAUUACAAAAGGAGUAGUCUGAGUUAUUUUGGAGGAGUCUGUUCUGUAACUCGAGGUGUUGGUGUCAAUGAGUAUGGUCUUCCCCCGGCGAUAGCACAAGAACUGUCCCAAAGUCUGGCUCAGAAUUUAGGAAUACAGUGGGAGCCAGGAGCCAGAAAACCAAAAUGUGACUGCACAGAAUCCUGGGGUGGAUGCAUCAUGGAGGAAACUGGUGUCUACCACUCCAGAAAAUUCGCAAAGUGCAGCAUUGCAGAAUACAAGACCUUUUUGGGCAGAGGGGGAGGUUCCUGUCUUUUCAACAGGCCAACAAAGUUGUUUGAUACCACUGAGUGUGGAAAUGGGUAUGUAGAACCGGGAGAAGACUGUGACUGUGGAUUCCAAAUGGAUUGCCAUGAAAACUGCUGUAAGAAAUGCUCACUGUCUAAUGGAGCACAUUGCAGUGAUGGCCCAUGUUGUAAUGAAACCUGCCUUUUUUUUCCACGAGGCAUGGAAUGUCGAGGCCCAGUGAAUGAGUGUGAUAUUCCAGAGAUCUGCACUGGAGACUCUGGCCAGUGCCCACCAAAUCUUCAUAAGCAAGAUGGAUUUCCUUGCGAUUCAAGUCAGGGACGUUGCUACAGUGGAGAGUGCAAAUCAAGAGAUAAUCAAUGCAAAUACAUUUGGGGAACAAAGGCUUCAGGGUCUCAUAAACACUGUUAUGAGAAGCUUAACACAGAAGGUACUGUAAAAGGAAACUGCCUUAUUCCUAGUAAUGUAUAUAAUUUUAGUGCCUGUCUCUCAGAGUGGAUUGCAUACCCUUUGUGGCAUGUCAAUUAUGGUAACAGGAGCUUUGAAACUUCUUGCAGUGGUUCUCAUGUACGUUUAGAUGACGAUACAGACUUAGGAUAUGUGGAAGAUGGAGCUCCAUGUGGUCCUUAUAUGAUGUGCAUGGACAGAAAGUGCCUAUCUAUUCAGUCCCUGAACAUAAGCAGUUGCCCUGUUGGUAUUAAUGGUAAAGUUUGUUCAGCACAUGGGGUAUGCAGUAAUGAAGCGACAUGCAUUUGUGAUAAUACCUGGGCAGGUAUGGAUUGUAGCAUGCCUGAUAUGAGAAGAAAAGAAGACCCAGAACAACCAAAUGGACCAAAGGGUCCUAGUGCCACCAAUCUUAUAAUAGGUUCCAUCGCUGGUGCCAUCCUGGUAGCAGCUAUUGUCCUUGGGGGGACAGGAUGGGGCUUUAAGUAA